GGUUUAGCCUGAGAAGGCUUUUUGUCUUAGCAGGUUUGUAUGUGGGCUUUAAGCCCUGAGGGAUUAUCUCUCGUUCAUGAUGAAUUGAGUGUAAUUUGACCGGCUGUCUUUAUGAAGUUCUGCAUUAAAAUCAGAUAAAAUUUCGUACCCUAAUAUGGGUAGCCUAUGUCAAUCUGGCCUGGACAUGAGUUGUGCUCACCCACAGCGGGAAAAGAAAUCGCCCGUUUUCGUAGCUAUGGAGACCUACUUUGUGUACGGAAAUAGCGAUACUACUCAAGCAAGCAACUUUGUGAAACAUUAAUGUAUUUCGUCGGGUCGGUUUACUCGUUCAGAUGUCGUUUCCACCUAUUGCCUUGUUGCUAAAAAGUCUGGAGUGAUACAGGGUAGGUGGAGUGAAGUAAAAAGUAAAGGGAGAGGAAAGGAAGGGGAGGAAAUGUCACUCAGCCUGUAUGAGUGUCUGACGGCCGUUGGGCUACAGCGUCACUAUGCCAGGUUUACCUCAGUGGGUGUUCAUCGUGCAGCACACCUUUCAGCGCUGACCCUAGAGGACUAUGCCGUCCUGGGAAUCCGCUCUAUGGAGGACAGGACUCGGCUUUUCCACCUGGUCCAAAUGGUCAAAACUCUUGACCUUGAAUAUGAAGAUAGUACUGAGGAUAAUUCUAAUGGUGGUGAUGCUGUAGGCUACGCUGUAGCAGAUAGUAGCUUUACUUAUGAUGGUUGCGGAGAUCGUGAUGAAGGUGUAUAUGAUGUUGAGGAUGAGAAAUGUUUUUCCAAACCGUCAUGUGUUCGCAGACGGCUUGAUUUCAGUUCUGAAACCGUUGAUGAUCAUCUGAAGCUAUCUUCUCACCCAGAAGGCACUGUUCAUGUCUACACAAGUCAUAAUAGAAAGAAUGUGCCAGGUCAGGGCAAAGGAUCAGCCAUACCUGUGCAGCUUGACACUGAAAGUGCUGCGGUAAAUGCCUGCAAAGAAAAUAACAACCACGGGCCGGAUGUCCAUGGUCAUCAAUCUGAUCAUCACACAGACGCGAACACCAUGGGAGGAAAUGGCAUGUACAACUCUCACAUCAGAUUAUUACCAAAUUGUGAAUCAUUUCACAAACCAAAACCCAGGCCUACAACAGCGGCAUCAGAUAGGUUUAGCAGCAAACCAGUUGGGCAGAAAGAUAAUAAUGUGGCUACUGAACACACGGCCAAGCCAACGCCUGUUUAUGAAUCAAAGAGAACAGCUGGCUACAACUACGGACUACCACUGAGUUCCCCUCCUGCUCCAAACAAAAAGUCACCAGGGGGGCAGCGGAUUAGUGUGUGUGUAAGGAAAAGACCUCUGACAAGCAAAGAGUGCAGGGAAGGAGCGUCAGAUGUUGUGACAACUCCGAGUGGAGAGUGUGUGAUUGUCCAUGAAAGCAAAGAGGCUGUGGAUCUCACACAGUACAUACUACAGCACAGAUAUUACUUUGACCAGGUGUUUGGGGAGGAUAGCUCCAACGAAGAGGUGUAUCGAAGAACAACAUAUCCUCUGGUGCAGCACAUGCUCAAUGGAGGCAAGGCCACCUGCUUUGCAUAUGGCCAGACAGGUGCAGGGAAGACUCACACCAUGUUGGGUUCUCCUGUCAGACCAGGGUUGUAUGCACUGGCAGUCCGGGACAUUUUUGCUCACCUCUCGGUCACACACAUGCACUCACCCUUGCUGGUGUAUGUCAGUUUCUUUGAAAUCUACUGUGGUCAGCUGUAUGACCUAUUGGACCACAGAGUAAGGUUGUUUGCCAGGGAAGACGGACAGAAGGUGGUUCACAUUGUUGGGCUGCGUGAUGUCAGAGUGGACUCAGUCAGCUCACUGUUGGAGGUGAUUUCACAAGGUACAGAGGAGCGCACACAGGGGACGAGUGGAGUGAAUUCACUCUCCUCUCGUUCCCAUGCCUUGCUUCAGAUUCAGCUAAGAGAUACAAACCAGCAGAUUGCUGGAAGAAUGUGGUUUGUGGACCUGGCAGGAAGUGAGAGGGCAUCAGAUACCAAAGAACCAGACAGGCAGAGUCGGAUGGAGGGAGCCGAGAUCAACCAGAGCCUGUUAGCUCUUAAAGAAUGUAUCCGGUCGCUUGAUCAAGAGCAGUCGCACACACCUUUCAGACAAAGCAAACUUACUCAGGUUUUGAAAGACUCAUUUGUUGGUGACUCAAUGACAUGCAUGAUUGCCAACAUUUCACCUGGUCACUUUGCAACUGAACACACACUAAAUACACUGAGAUACGCCGACCGGGUAAAAGAGUUGAGGGGACAGGGAGGACUAGGACGAGGAAGAAGGUGCAAAACAAUACCCUCCCCCAAACGUAACCUGUCCAACAGCAACAGCAGCAACAACAGCAACAACAGCAACAGCAGCGGCAGAGGCAACAAUGUUGGCAACAGAGGGAAAAGCCCACCUAAAAAGCCAAAGUUAGGGAGACAAAGAGAGGAUUUUGGCCCCACCAUGCCUUCCACGAGAUUGGCCACAGGGUGCACAAUUUUCUGCUCCACACCAAAAAACAGCAGACUGGGAGAGGAAACAAGUGGAAGAGCAAGAAAAGGGAUUGGACUUGAACACAUUACACCAGUCAGGGGUUUGCUGGGAAAGGGUGAUAAGAGGGAGAGGAGGGAGAGAACAAAUGGCAGGGAGGGUAGAAGACGAGAAAGGUAUGGAGUAACAGACAGUGUAGACCACUCAGUUAGUGACCUAAACAUUGUGGCAGGGUUGGUCUUGGGACAAGCAACAGAUGAGCAGCUUCCCUCGUGGAAGGUACAGAGGGAAUCUGGAUUCUACCAAAGAGAAAAAGAGAACCAGAAAAGCACUUUCAAAGGGGGAGGAAAGGAGGAAAAAAGAUGGAUGGAACAGAGAAGACAAGUGGAAAACCGUAGAGUCAUAUGUAGUGAAGUAGAAAGGCUAAGGGAAAGAGAAUUACAAAAGGUUGAGGAAAGGCAUACAGAGAGAGAGAGGCAUCUGAGACAGUAUCACAAGCAGCUGCAGCAGUUUAUGCCCUCAUCAGUUUCUUCAUCUGUCCAUCUCUUCUCACCCUCCACAUGUACGUCUUCCUCUAAUCAAGCCUCUGUCUGUUCUUCUGUGUCUCCAUCUUUCUGUUCUCUCCAACAGUCUUCCCGCUUUUCAGAUUCUGCCCUUAUUUAUCAUGGUUUGGAUAAGGUUUUAGAUGCGUACCGAGCCAGGGUUGAGGUUAGGACAGAUGGUAACAGUGGACAGUCAUCUUUCUUCCCCAGUGGAGAGAUUUGCUUACAAACUGAAACCUUUCCAAGCUGCAAUACAAAUGAGGAUGACGUUGGUUGUGGUGACUCAAAUAGCUGUGGUGAAGAUUGGAGGCUAUCUAUGGAGGGAACAGAGGCAAGAUUUGGACAAGUUAGGGGUGAAUCUGAAAAGAGGAGGUCACUGAAGGAAACAGGAGACGGAGAGGGAAGAGUAAGGAGGGAAGAGUGGAGGCCAGCUUGGAUGGAGGAAGGAGAAGACAGGAGGUGGGCUUGGUUGGCAACAACAGAGACAGAGCAGGCAGACAGGAUGACAGGUGCAGUGCCAGCUGAUGUAGAGGUCUUAGUGUCUUACAACUGUGACUCAGAAGAGAGGAGAGAAGUGGGUGAGGAAGGACUAAAUGCCUCAGAUGUCCCAGCUGAUGGGGUGUGGCGUACUGAGGAACGAGAAGGAGCUGACAACUAUGGUUUACUGUCCACCCACAGUGCUAUUGACAGAAACAGCCUUUUUAACCACCCUCCUGUUGAGUCAUCUCAUCAACAAGCUCCAGCAGAACGACCCCUCUCCCCAACCUGUGGACAGAACGCACUCCUAACCCCUAAUAAAUUCAGUGAUCUUUACCUUAAACAUACCAGAUGUCCUGCCUCUACCUCUACGAUGCCUCUACCAUUGCAAAAUGCUCAACAUGGAGUACCAUCAAGCAGCUGUAGAGAGAAGCAACCUUGGUUUGCUCCUCAUGCCAAUAGAAGGGAAAUAUCAAAUGCUCAAUCUGCCACACUAACUGUCACUAAUCCCAUCACAAAGAAUGGAUGUAAAAUACCAGCUGAGCCCCUUAACAUAUCCAAAAGUCCAGUUUACACUAUGAUACACAACCAUCCAAAGGUCAUAGCCAAAAUGUCUGUUUUACCUCACGAAGAGACUGCAGAGUCUCUCAGCUACAUCAUGGACCCCCUCAGCAUCUCCUUGCUUCAAGUGGACCAACAGGUCGCCACAGCCUCGUUCCUCAAAGAGGAACAGAACAACACCUCACCCUGUCCACUUGAGAAUGAAAGAGCAGAUGAUGACAGAAGGGAAAUGGACAAAGAGUGUCUCACAUGUGCGGAGAUGGCAGGGAAAGUUGUAGCAGACAAAGACAUAGAAUUACACCUGUCUUUUUUGGAGCUGCCACAAGCAAAGACUCACUGCCCUUCCACCCCUGACACCACAACAGCUACAAAUCACACUGAGCAAAUGUGUUGUGCCACAUACGACCAUUUUGGAAUAGGUAUGAUGAAGCCUCCUAUUGCUGAGGUUAUGCUGUUCUCUCUCCAGGACAAAGAGAACAAUCAGAAACCCCAAACUACGCCAGCUGUUAAAGUCCUGGGCAGCAGAACGCCUGGAUCCCCACUUAAUCCCUCUGCAUGUGCUUCUGUGCAGACUUCUGUCAUGCAGUCCGUCUCAUCCUCUGUCCAUCAGCGUGGGAACACUGGUUUACCCAGCUCACACAAACUAACAACAAAUGAUGCCAGUCAAAUGCCACCAGAAUAUGCACACAACAUGCAUAACAAACUUGCGUUUUCCAUUUCAUCGACACAGUCAGAAAGUGUCUUGGGCCAGUUAAACACAGUGCAAAAGCCGUGUCACACAGUAAAUCUAAACCAUUUCAGCAACUCAAACAUCUCACUCCAACCAAACGGUCCUAUAGAAUCAAAUAUCCCAGAGAGCACCAGCAAUCAGCAAAUAAGACCCAAAAUCCAUCUGACUACGCUGAUAGACUUGGAUCAAGACCAGUGGCGCAUUGUCCAGUCCCAUUGGGAGCAGCUUGAAGAGAUGGAAGCUUUAUGUCGUAAAGAGGGGGCACUUCUGCACCAACAACCUGAUAUGGCAUUUAGGGAAUAUGUCCACAAGUUGGAGGAUAUCAUGGAGAAAAAGGCUCGGUGCGUCCACAGCAUGAUAGCUCAACUGCAGCCAUAUCUUAAGCCCAGUCAUUCUAACCAACCACACAACCAGGAAGAAGAUAGCCACGGCCCAAUUACUUGAGCCUAUAGCAUGGCAUUUACACAAAGCUGUGCUGUUUAUGAGUGCACAAGAUGUUUUUCACUGAAAAUACUAAAUACAGUAUGAGUCAAUAUUACUAUUUAUUUUAUAAAUGU